AUGGGGAGCUGCUGCAGUUGUCUGUGCAGAGACAGCAUCCCAGACAACCAUCCCACCAAGUUUAAGGUGACCAACGUGGAUGAUGAAGGGAACGAGCUGGGAUCUGGGAUCAUGGAGCUGACCCAGAUGGAGCUGAUCCUGCACACGCACAAGCGAGAUGCUGUCAGGUGGCCCUUCCUCUGCCUGCGCCGCUACGGAUACGACUCCAACCUCUUCUCCUUCGAGAGCGGCCGGCGCUGCCAGACAGGGCAGGGGAUCUUUGCCUUCAAGUGUUCCCGAGCAGAGGAGAUCUUUAAUCUGCUUCAGGACCUGAUGCAGUGUAACAGCAUCAAUGUUGUGGAGGAGCCUGUUGUCAUCACCAGGAACAGUCACCCCACGGAACGGGAGCUGUCCAGGAACCCCCAGGCAUCCAACAGCCUGGGGUACACUGUCCCAGGAUUUCCCAAUGGAUUUCCCAGCUUCCCUGGAGAAACCCUACCAUACUCAGCAGCCCACCACCCCUCUGUGAGCAGCCUGAGACAUUCCUCUGUGGGUGAAGACUCUACUCAUGCCCUCAUUGGCCCCGAGGAGCAGUCCCACACCUACGUCAACACGGCCAAUGGUGAUCAGGAGCUGAGGGGCCAACAUUGUAUGCACUCCUUGCCUGAAGUCCACCCUCCUUUCCCCCAUAGGAACCACAGCUGCUCCCUGGAAGACCGAAAUCCCCAGGUCUUUCUGCAGCCAGGGGAGGUUAAGUUCAUCUUAGGUCCCACCUCCAACUACAGACACAUCUGUCGGCAUCACCGGGAGCACACGACCUGCUUCUGCCCCCCCAACAACAACAACAACGAGUGUGAGGAGGACUGCCCUUCCCCCCAGUGUGUCUAUGAGAAUGUCAACGGCCUGCUGCCCCCCAGCACCUCCUCCUGCCACCGAGGUGGCUGCUUGAAAAUCCCCCGGGAGGACUCAGGCUUCCCGGGCUGCCCCCAGCGCAGGGCGGCCUUGCUGCACUACGAGAACUUGCCAUCGCUGCCCCCGCUGUGGGAGCUUCACCCCGGCGGCUGCUCUGAGGCAGGUGAAGAAGAUCCCCUGCAGAACUACAUGAACUCGGAGAAAACCGCCCUGCACAGGGGCCACGGCCGGCGGCGCGGGGGAUUCUUGUCCAAACCCCGGCGCGGCUGCGUCCCCAACGUCUUCAGCUUCGACUUCCCCCGGCCCUGCCCGGACCAGCCCCGGCAACUCAACUACAUCCAGGUGGAACUGGAGGCUGAGCCACUCAAGGGACACCAGAACCCACCUGUCCCCCGUGUCCCACCUCCUGCCACCCACGAAACCCGCCGGACGGACUCCUACGCCGUCAUUGACCUCAAAAAGACAGCGGCCAUGUCCAGCCUGCAGAGGGCCCUGCCCAGGGAUGAUGGGACCUCGCGGAAGACUCGACACAACAGCACUGACCUGCCUCUGUGA